AUGGAUCUUUUGCUUCUCUCUCGGCUUGCCGGCGUCGACCUACGGACGAGCGAGUCUUUCGACUGCGAGGAAUGCUUUGGCCAUGGCCCUUUCCAGAAGCGGAUGCAAUUCCUCAUCCUCCUGGGAACAUUCAUCCUUCACUGCCAAGCACUUGUGGUGCCCCUCAUCACCGGCGACGUCGACCACUGGUGCAAGCCGCCCGAUGGCAUGAACAUCUCUGCCGCCGAAUGGAAGCAUAUCGCCAUACCGAUAGAGACCGACGGAAGUUUCAGCCGCUGCCGAGUCUACGAACGCUGCAAGCCGCUCGCUAAACAUGACACAUUGGUAGACCACCAGGACAUCGGCGCUGAAGCACCCGCGGAGGAAUGGUGGCACAACCAAUGCUUCCGCGAUCAAGUCCAGGAUAUCAACACCACACGCGAUGCUCCUUGCGAAGCGUGGGACUACGACGUUCGUACGGCUGAGAACAGUGCAGUAAGCACUUGGAACAUGGUGUGUGACCGCCGGCUGAUGCGGGUCGUCCCCAUGGCCUUGCAGAGCUGCGGUAGCGUUGUUGCACUCGUCGUGGUCGGAGCGUUCGCCGACUACAUCGGUCGGAGAACGUUGCUGCUGGAGUCGGCCAUCGUGAUGCUUACCUGUACGAUAUGCACUUUCGUGGCAGCGGGAUACGCCUAUUACGCGAUGGCUCGUUUCCUAGCGGGGAGCAGCAUGGCCGUGAACGUGGUUUUCAGCUACAUCAUCCCGUUCGAGUCGAUGACGCACGCUCACAGGCCGCAGCAGGUCCUCCUCCUGGCCGUAAUAGGUGUGACUCUGUCCGAGGUAUGGACCGUCGUUAUCAAUCCAGUCGUCAUCGACUGGCGUCUGAAGCAGGUCAUCUACCUCGCCCCGGCAGCUCUGAUCCUUCCCGCGCUGCGCUUCGCGCAAGAGUCACCCCGAUGGCUUGUCGCGAGAGGAAGGCUGGACGCGGCCGAGGCAGUUAUGAUGCGGGCGGCAACCAUCAACAACUUUCCCCUUCCGGCAACGGCGUCCCUCGUGCAGAAGCUCAAGGAACACGUAGAGAACCGCGCUGUUUGUGAAAGCGUCGACAGAGAUGACUUGCUCGACGCUGGCUCCCUGAGGCGUCGAGCGCUGGCCCUGUUCGCCGUAUCUUUCUCAAUAUCGUUUGUGUUUAACGUCGUCGCCAUGUCCGUGCUACAGUACAAAGAAUUUUGGAUCCCUGCCUUCACGGUCGUCAUAACGCUGCUGGCAUACGUAUCGAUGCACUACCUCAUCACCGGCGUCACACUCGUCACUGUGCUUAGCGUUUGCUUCGUGCUCGUCGGCUGCAUGCAGUGUGCGCUGAGUAUCGCGGCCGCCGCCAGGCUGGCCAAGCUCACCAAGGCCUUGCUCGUGCUUUCUAAAGGUGUCUCGAACGUCUUGUUCAUCCACUGUUUGACGUACGUCAUGGAGCUUUUCCCAUCGGCACUUCGAGCUGGCGUCGGCUGCUGGACGUUCGCUUGCUGUGGCGUCGCAGCCAUCUGCGCUGUUUCGAUCCUCGCUCUGCAGGCUGCCGGAUACGAAGACGUGGUCUUUGCCAUGACGGCACUCCUCCCUUUCGCGUGCCUCCUCGUGAUCCGUGAUCUGCCGAAAACAACGGUGGUUGAGGAAGCCAAAAUCAUGGCCCGGGGUGCUACAGACUCCAACAGAAUAUGCGUGGAUUACAUGAAACGGACACUGGAAGGUAAAACGCUGCGCAAAGGGUCCCGAGCGCUGAGCACCGAAAGCAUCCGGUCAUCGAACAGGAGGAGACCAAAGAUCACUGGCAGCAGCAUCUCUGGAAGCUAUAAGUCAUGUCCUCGGACUCAUACCGGACUCGAUUGA